UUUGCAGUUCAGUCUCUAUCACAGGAGUGUUCGUUUGGGCAAGAGCUGUGUAACAGAUUGCUGAACCUGUUCAAUGAGUAACACUGAAUACACCAGGCUUCAGUAGACAAGUACACCUCAGCUUGAAGAAUGGAUUUAAGGCAGUUUUUGCAGUUGGUGCUGUUUGCAUUGCUGCCCUGUGUGGCACAAGCUGAAUCAUCUCCUGUAGAAAAUGCACAUCUCCUCUCUCCAGAAGAAUACAAAUUGGUUUUGAAUUUGGAACAAAAAGAUUAUCCAAGUGACUGCUACGAGGCCUUGCAGCGCUCUGAAGGUGUCUCCCGGGAUGGUCUGUACGUGAUCAAGCCAAUGAAAUCCCACAUCGUGGUAUUCUGUGACAUGCUGAAUGGUGGCUGGACUGUUAUCCAGCACAUCACCGUCAACAGCAGCGUGGACUUCGACAGGACCUGGCACGAUUACAAGCUGGGCUUCGGGGCGGUGAGUGGAGACCACUGGCUUGGGAACGAGUACCUAUACCAAAUAACCAACAAGGGCGGGAGAUACAAGCUGGGAAUCAAACUGGUUGACAUGGACGCUGAAACCAAGGCUGGGGAGUAUGAUCCUUUCUGUGUGGAAGGAGAGGAAACUCAGUAUAAGAUCCGCUUGGGUCUGUAUGAGGGGGCUGCAGUGGAUGCUUUGACACAGGAUACAGAGGCAUAUCUCCAUGACAACCAGAAGUUCACCACCAAAGACAGAGACAACGAUAACUACUACCAGAACUGUGCCCAGCUGGAGUAUCUCGGAGUGCCGGGGGGUGGCUGGUGGUACGACGCUUGUGCCGGCGCCAACCUCAAUCGUAGGAAUGUAAUUUAUUGGCAGAAAGACUGCAACAAGGAACACCUCUGCAAGUAUGCCUGGAUGAUGGUGAAGCCCGCUGAGUACAUGAAGACGACCAAGGCUGGAAACUGUCGUCGUGAUGAAUUGUGAUGCAAACUAAAACUGAAUAUUUAACUUGUUAAUGAAUAUUUGCGCUGUAUUUUUAAAAAAUAUUUCCAGUGCUUUUUCCAUGGUUAUACUAUGCAAUUACCAUAGUUUAAAAUGAUUUGC